CCAGGCAAGCUGCGGAGGAGGAAUCCGCCUGCAGGAGGAGGGGAGAACCCGGAACUCUUUCUGGGAUGCUUCGGUCCUUCCGCAACCUGAGCCCUCGGCGUGUGGCACCAUGCACCACCCUCUGGGGGAGAGACCAGUUUGACUGCAAGCAAGCCAGCAACCGCCUCCAGCCUGCCUGCCGUAGCCAGCUGGCAUAUUUGGCCAGUGGUACGAGCUGGCGGCUACCUCUGUUGAAUGUCUGGGAUAUGGGCGGCACCAGCGUUUCUGACCCUGCCCGUGCAGCAGCAGCAGCAGCAGCCCAGGGCAUCCUUGCUGGAGCGAGAGCGGCUUGCUACCAUAGCAGGACAGGGGGGCACGGGACUGGCCAGAGGCCUUUCUCUCAGGGGGGCUCCCCAAGUCCCAGCUCUGGCCCCCGGCUCCAGCUGAGGACUCGGCUAGCCAUCACCUUUCUCUUUGGGGGUGGGGUCCUGGCGGGUUGGUUGUACCUGCGGGCGGAGAAGGUGCGGAGUGAGCAACUGAGGCGCAUCGAGGAACUGAAGAAGGUGGCCAUUGGACAGGGGAGCUUCCACCUGGUGGACCACACGGGGAAGCCCUGUUCCAAAGAUGACUUGAAGGGCAGCUGGGUCUUGCUCUAUUUCGGCUUCACCCACUGUCCCGAUAUCUGUCCCGAUGAGCUGGAGAAAAUGAGCCGCGUGGUGGAGCUGCUGGACCAAGAGGCACGGCUGCCUCGCAUUCAGCCCGUCUUCAUCACGGUUGAUCCUGAGCGGGACGAUGUGGAGGCCAUGGCCAAGUAUGUGCGGGAGUUCCACCCACGACUCAUGGGGCUGACCGGCACCCCGGAACAGGUGCGUGAAGCCGGCCGGGCCUACCGGGUCUACUACAGCACCGGGCCCAAAGACGAGGACAACGACUACAUUGUGGAUCACACAGUGAUCAUCUACCUGCUCAGCCCAGACGGACUCUUCUUGGACUAUUAUAACCGAAGCAAGUCUGACACCAAGAUUGCUCAGAACAUCAGGGGCCACAUGGAAACCUACAAGAGCCUCUUUAGCUGAGCCAAGGGGGGGGGGGGUGCAGCCUCCGUGCGGGCAAGCAGCGCUUUGAGGGUUGUAUUCUACUUGAACGUGCCCUACUCUCUCGAAGGGGGGGGCAAUUAUGUUCAAGGACUUCUUGUGAUGAUGCGUUUCGAAGGCGAUGCAAAAAGAAAAAAAUAUUAUGCUUUGAAUUGGCAUUACA